GUUUUAAGCCUAACUGAAACACCCUCAACUACUCUUAGUUUCGUUAUCUCCUUUUUUAUUCUAUCAUACCCAAUUUUUCUACUUUUACUUACCACAAUAUGGCUGCAUAUUCAACCGAAGAGGAUGUCGCGUUAAUUCGUGCUUAUUGUGUUGCUACUAGUGAUCCUAUUAUUGGCAGAGACAUGGAGGCGAGGGUUUAUUGGGCCCGAAUACUAGGGGAAUUUAGAGCAGCAAUUGACGACGACAUUGCAAGAAACACCAAGUCAAUACAGAACCGAAUCUCAAACUUGAAAAAAUAUGUUAAGAGAUACGUCGGUCAUGUGAGAGCUCGUUGCUGGGGAAUGGCUUCUGGGGGUCAUAACGUUGCAACGGCUUAUCGUCAAUGACAAAUUGCAUAUGAAUAUGAAGGAAUAAGAUGGACACAUUGAGCGGUUAAAAACGCAAUUUGGUGGGGACUAUGAACCUGAGUUCUUUCCUCCUCCGUUUCAGGGCAAUCCAGAAGAUGGAUCUGAAACUUAAGACAGCAACACCGUCUCAACAGGUUUUGUGGGUAAACCUCUCUGUAAACCCUCACAAGACUAAACUCGUCCAAUAGGGUCGCCUAGUGGUUGGAACGCUUGUUACACGGGCUAAGUAUAAUCGCAUGUCAGACGACAAUGACGUCUAUUUAUAAUAUUUCUGUAUUUUUGGUUUUUGUUGGUCCUCUAGCAUGUAUUCGUAUCAUUGAUCACUUGGAUUAAUGCUAGUGAUAAAGUGUGGUCCACCUAUUAUAAAUAAUAAUUUAAUUUCAUAUGGAAAAA